UUUGGUGUUUGGCUGUCUGGUUCUCUCUGUGUUCUCCACCAUCCCUGUUCAUAUGGACCUCUCCAAUCACUGUCUCCUUAUACUGGAGUUUGUGAUGAUUGUUGUAUUCGGUCUGGAGUACAUCAUUCGCAUCUGGUCGGCUGGAUGCUGCUGUCGUUACAGGGGAUGGCAAGGACGACUGCGCUUUGCUAGAAAACCAUUCUGUGUCAUUGACAUUAUUGUACUCAUUGCAUCCAUUGCAGUGGUUUCAGCUGGUAGCCAGGGCAAUAUUUUUGCCACGUCUGCACUACGCAGUCUGCGUUUUUUGCAGAUCCUGCGCAUGGUGCGUAUGGACAGGCGAGGCGGUACCUGGAAACUGCUCGGAUCUGUAGUCUACGCUCACAGCAAGGAACUUGUGACCGCCUGGUACAUUGGCUUCUUGGUGCUGAUCUUUUCUUCAUUCUUGGUCUACUUGGUGGAGAAAGAAUUUAACAAACAGUUUGCCACCUACGCCGAUGCUCUUUGGUGGGGUACGAUCACGCUCACCACCAUUGGAUAUGGGGAUAAGACGCCACAGACUUGGACCGGUCGGCUUCUAUCUGCAGGUUUUGCUUUGCUGGGCAUCUCGUUCUUCGCUUUGCCUGCUGGUAUUCUUGGCUCUGGCUUUGCUCUGAAGGUCCAAGAGCAGCACAGACAGAAGCACUUUGAAAAGAGGAGAAACCCAGCAGCCAGUCUCAUACAGUGUGUGUGGCGUAGCUAUGCGGCUGAUGAGAACUCGGUUUCCAUUGCUACCUGGAAGCCUCAUUUGAAGGCGUUGCAUACCUGCAGCCCUACAAAGAAAGACCAGGGGGAAUCCAUCAGCAGCCAAAAGUUAAGUUUUCGUGAGCGUGUGCGGAUGGCCAGUCCUCGUGGUCAGAGCGUAAAGAGCAGACAGAUGUCAGUGAACGACAGACGCUCUCCUGGGACAGAGGUGGGUGUGGAGGGCAGCAGCCCUGCAAAGGUCCAGAAGAGCUGGAGCUUCAAUGACCGAACACGCUUCCGUCCAUCACUCAGACUCAAGAGCCAGUCUCGCACAACCACUGAAGCUGACACUAAUCUUGGACCGGAUGAUGCUUUUGAUGAGAAGGGUUGCCAUUGUGAUGUGACUGUGGAAGAUCUGUCUGCCCCACUAAAGGCCGUCAUAAGGGCCGUCAGGAUAAUGAAAUUCCAUGUGGCCAAGAAGAAGUUUAAAGAGACGCUGCGACCGUAUGAUGUGAAAGAUGUGAUUGAGCAAUACUCUGCUGGCCAUCUGGAUAUGCUAUGCCGUAUCAAGAGUCUCCAGACUAGGUUAGACACCAUUGUGGGUCCACAGACCUUGAGAACCAAAGCCAAGACCUUUUCUUCUCCUUCCCUGCACUUGUAUUACAGUCAGGCCAAGAGGAAACACUCUGCCCCAGGACUUGCCACAGCCGUGGGUCCACAUCAGACACUCAGCACCAAAGCCAGGAACCUUUCCUCUCCCUCUCUACAAUUGUAUUACAGCCAAAGCAAGAAGAAGCAUGCUGGGGUGGAUCAGAUCCUUGGAAAAGGUCAGAUUUCGGUAGACAGGAAAGGCAGGGAGAAAAUCCUCCCAGAAGGAGAGGCCCUGGAACAUGACAUGAGCAUGCUUGGACGAGUCUGUAAAGUAGAGAGACAAGUCCAGUCCAUUGAGUCAAAGCUGGACUCGUUGCUGGAUAUAUACCGACAGGUGUUGCAGAAAGGCUCAUCUUCGAUGCUUGGUCUGUCUGCUUUUCCACUGUUCGAGCUGGAUCAGACCUCCGACUACCAAAGCUCCAUCCAUAGCAAGGAUUUGUCGUCAUCCUCCCAGCUUACCGGCAGCGGUGUGUCUCAUUCAGGCAGCAGUAACCUACACCGUGGUCUGCAUCUUGCUCUGGCCCCUAGUGAACUCAACUUGGGUACAGGUUACCCACAUUCAGCCUCCUCUUACUCAACCUCUCCUCUUCUCAACAACCAACCCUCCAGCCCGGACAGUUUCUACCCAGUAUCUCCUCCUCCCAUUCUCACCCCCAACAACCUUUCCAGAAGUCACCAGAGAUUCAGUGAGCUGACCAGGCCGGUGCCAACAAUCCAUUCAACCUCAACGACCCUUCAGCUCCCCCCUAUGGUACCAACACCUCAAGGCCGGCCUACCAGCCUUAUCCCAGAGACACUACUGGAGAGCCGGGUAGAGAGUCUGAGCAAUUGCCUUGUGAGUACCCAAACUGAUGUUGAGUCGGACAGGGAAGCUGAGAGUCCUCAAAGCACGGUACAGCUACGGGACAAGCCCGAGCGCAACUCCAAGGAAGAUGGGUCGUGGAGAAGACACUUGAGCCUUGACAUUGAUCCUCUAAAGCUCAUGUCUUCCACAGCAGCAGCCUCGCUACAGGUUGAGCGUGGGCUCGGUAAGUCUCUUUCCGCUCAGAACCUCAUGCUGCCGACUGCUGCGGACUGCCAUCCCAGCCUGUCCACUCGGAGCAGCAGCAGCAGCAACAAUGAGUCCAGCGACCGGGAGCCGCUGGCUGACUGGGGCGAUACAGAGCUGUUCAUCAAUGACAAAGAGUUGGACACCCCGGAGGGCGGCUGCAACCUCCUCGACCAACAAAGCAACGAUACAACCUUCUCUUCUGAGCUGCUACGGACAGGAGCCAGUGGGUCGUCUCCCAGCCAGGCUGGAUCAAGAGAUAGUCUCGAGUCCCAAAACUUGCCUCACGUAUAACUCGAAAAAACCCCGGAGCGCAGGAACCUCACUGUGGAGACUGGACACAACCUCAUGUCCCUCGUGUUCUUCUUUUCCAAAGGAAAUGGAGCGUCCUGUGCGCUCUAUAUGUUUUCUAAUUUUCACAAGAAAAAGACAUGAUGUUCAUACGUUUUUGUUCAUACAAACAUAUCAUUGCAUGGACAAUUUGUCAAAAGGGAGAAUUUAUAUUAAUGAGAAACUGUUGGGGAAGAAACAUUAAUGAAAUAUUCUGGGUUAAAAUAUGUUAAACUCAAUCAACAGCAUUUGUGGCAUAAUACUUACGGUGAGGCACUUACAAUGGAAGAGAAUGGGGCUAAUUGGUAAACAUCAAUAUACUACUCACGGUUAGUAUAGCCCCAUGACAAACAGUACAAGUUAGUGUGGAAAAAUAUCACCACAUUCACUCUGUUUAGUAGUAUUAUUUACAUUUACAUUUAUCUGACACUUUUAUCCAAAGCGACUUACAUUUGCAUGCCUCUAGAGCAACUAGGGGGUAAGUUCUUGCUCAGGGACACAUUGGUGUUUCACAAUGGACUCGAACCUGGGUCUCUCACACCAAAGGCAUGUGUCUAAUCCACUGCACCAGGUGUGAGUCUCGAAAUGUUGUGUUCACACAGCAGCUUAAAAUAAAAUCAAAAUCUGCACAGCAGAUUAACAACAGCAACUGUGACUAAAGCAAUAUCAUCGAUGGUCAUAAAAGUCACAAUUUCACACAAGAAGAUUAUUUGAGGCAUGAGUUCAUCUGUCAAAUCUUCACUUUUAUAUCUGAAAAUGGAGCAUUUGAGUUUGCGCACAGACCACAAAACUAACAGGAGCAGUUCCGGUAAGACAGUGACUGGAUCUAAAACUAAAGAUUCUUAAAGGGAUACUCCACUUUUUUUUUUUUUUAAA